CUUCUGAACUCCAGACUGACACUGUCACCUCUCGGACGUUUAACCCCCCCUACAGAUUCUCUCUCUCCUGGCAAUGUGGUGCGGUCGUGUGGCACUGCGUCGGCUGCAGCGGAUCGCUGCUGCUCCUCUUAAUGCUGCUGGAGGUCUGACAAGCACCGCACGGAGGGAGAUGUCAACCCUGCCACGGGUGUAUGUCACCCGACAGAUCCCACCAGAGGGCCUGAGGAUCCUCCGUGAAUCUGGACAGGUGCAGUUCGAGCUGUGGGACUCCGACGAUGUCCCCGUGCCCAGGAAGGAGCUCCUGCAGCGGGUCAGAGGCGUCGACGGUCUGGUCUGCGUGCUGACGGAGAAGAUCGAUGCAGAGCUGCUGGAUGCUGCAGGUCCAGGCCUUAAGGUCCUCAGCACCAUGUCGGUGGGUUUCGACCAUCUCUCUUUGGAGGAGCUGAGGAAAAGAGGAAUCCGUGUGGGUUACACCCCCGAUGUCCUGACCGACGCUGUGGCUGAGCUGACUGUGGCUCUGCUGCUCACCACCUCCAGGAGGCUGAUAGAGGCCACACACGAAGCCAAGACUGGCGGCUGGGGCACGUGGAGAACUCUGUGGCUGUGUGGACACGAGCUGGCCAACAGCACCGUGGGGAUCCUGGGCCUUGGGAGGAUUGGCGUGGCCAUUGCCGAGCGUCUGGCUCCUUUCAAGGUCAAGAAGUUCAUCUAUGCAGACGUGGCCCCCAGGCCCGAGCUGGCCAGCGUCAUCAAUGCAGAGUACGUCUCUUUUGACGAGCUGGCAAAGCAGUCUGACUUCCUGGCUGUGUGCUGUGCUUUAACACCCGAAACCAAGGAGAUCUGCAACAAACAACUCUUCACCAAGAUGAAGAACACCUCCAUCUUUAUCAACACAAGCAGAGGGGGCGUGGUGAACCAGGAGGACCUGUAUGAGGCUCUGUCCACUGGGCAGAUUGCAGGGGCUGGGUUGGAUGUGACUGUUCCUGAGCCCCUGCCCACAGACCACCCGCUCUUCACCCUCAAAAACUGCGUGAUUCUCCCACAUAUUGCCAGUGCCUCUUACACCACCCGUAACGCCAUGUCCACCAUGGCGGCAAACAACCUCCUGCUGGGCCUGCGGGGCAAGCCGAUGAUCAAAGAGCUCAAGCUGUGAAGGACACUUUUGCUUAAUUAUUCUUAAGAAGAUUCAAAUAAAACCACCACUUAAACUUUCUAA